AAAGUGUUCCCACUUUGAGGUGGUAAAAGGGAAUUCAUAGACAAAAAACACUCAUCACUCUUUUUGUUUUCUUCUUCACCAUUUUCUUUUUAUUGGUUUUCAACUUCAGGUACUUUUGAUUUUAUGGGCCUUGUCUGCAUGUAUUGCAUUGAAUCUAUAUGAUGAAAGGCAUAGAGAGAGAGUGAUUUUGAGUGUGUGUGUGUGAGAGAGAGCAUAGCAUACAAAGCUUUGUGCUUUCUUGGAGGUUAGUGUAGGAAAGUUGAGAACAAUCGCUGGAAAUCAGAGAGUAAUUCCUCAUUUGUUCCGACACGUAGUUUGGUAUUUUCUUCAAGUUCGAUUCUUGAUAGUUUGACUGUAUUCUGUGCUACUAUUAAAGAUCGGUUUUUUAUUGUUACAUUUCCUAUAAUGAUUGUAUGAUUAAACUCCUCCUUCACACUGUGAAGAAAGAACCAGUUCGAUUCGUUUGUUGAUUGAGCUUUUCCUAGCAAUUUCAGAGAUUGGUAUUGUGGGAAAGAAAUUCUUGAACAAGAGCUCUAAUGGCAGAUUACACUUCUCUUCAAUCCCCAAAGGAGUAUUACAGACAGCCCAUUUCCUCAAUUUUCACUUCACCUAGGUUGUUCACUAGUUUUGUGUCAAAGGGCUCUCUUGAAACUGAGUCUUUAACCAGCCCUACUUCAAUCAUGGAUACCAAACCGUUUUGUGCUCUGAGAAACCCCUUUAAGUCUGAAACAAACUCCCCCAAACCAGAAUGCAAGAACCAUUGGGAUAAAUUGGAGUCGAGAGGGGUUGGCCUUGGCCUUAUAGAUGCACUGAUUGAUGACAACUCGCAGUCGAAUGUGUCGAAGCACGACAGCCGGAUGGUCCUCUUUGGAUCACAGUUGAGGAUCCAUGUCCCUCCCCUGCCUCCCUCUGUAGCUUCCCCAACCGAUUCCCCCAAAUCCCCCUGUGAUUUUGGCAUCAAAACCAGGCACUCUCAUGUGGGCUCGCCCUCUCCCUCAGCUAAUCUGAGGAGAUCCCCCUUUGGCUCGAUGAAUUCGGGUGGUUUUAGUAGUCUCUCUGCUAGUGAGAUGGAGCUCUCAGAGGACUACACAUGUGUGAUAUCUUAUGGCCCAAAUCCAAAAACUACACACAUAUUUGAUGAUUGCAUUCUUGAGAGCUGUUGUGGGGUUGUCAAGUUCUCUGAAUCAAGAAAGGAAAAUGGCCAGUUUUCGAUGAAUCAGUCGAUGAGUUACCCCUCUGAGAGUUUCCUUAGCUUCUGCUAUAGCUGCAAAAAGAAUCUUGGACAAGGGAAGGAUAUUUACAUGUACAGGGGUGAGAAGGCAUUCUGCAGCAGCGAAUGCCGGUGCAAGGAGAUGAUGCUCGAGGAGGAGGAGGGGUCAGAAAAUUCUGAUUCCGACCACCACAUGUAUGGUACUUCCUCGUGAAGCUUAUUUUUUCGGCUUCCUCAUAUGUUACUGAUCCCAUCAAGAUGAAUUGUGAUGCAAGAUGAAACAAAUCAAGAUUGUGAAAUGUUACAAUGGAUUGAAUCUUGUUUUUUUUAGCCUUUUUGCUUAUGAUCAAAGGUUUUAGAUUUGGUUUUUGUUGGGUUGAGGAUGAUCAUCAUGUUGUUAAAGUGUGAAGGACUGAUUAGCGUGUUAAUUGCUGUUACAGUGUAAAUAAUGAUAAUAAUAUCAUAAUUUUGAGUA